AUGACAAUCUUAGCUUCAAUCUCAUCAAUUGGUAAUGUUAAAUCAAUUACAAAAUCAAAAAAUGUUUCAUUCUCAUCAUCAUCACCAUCAUCUAGUCAAUCAUUAAACUCAAUUCAAUAUAGCCCAUGUGGUGGACCAACUUUGGGAAAUGUAGUAGGAAAUCUUGUUGGUGGAGUUUUAAUUGGUACUGGUGUAAUUGUGGGAUCAGUUUUAAACACAGUUGGUACCAUUACAAAUCCAAUUUUACAUCCAAGUUGUGGUUGUAAUUAA